AUGAAUAGCAUAUAUUAUGCAGAAGGUGCAGUCUAUAGGCUUGGGCAAGUGGACAGCAAUGAUUCGGGUGAUUUCCACUUCUCAGAGCAGCAGAGGCCAGAGGUGGCAUACCGCAGCAGCUCAGGGGAGUCUGGUGGCAGCUUCACAAUCCAACUUGGCCCGACUUCUACGCUACCAGGAAGGUUGGGAACUUCGGACCCGGCAGCUUUGAGAAUGUCGCGGCGCAAUAUCACAUCCUGGGCGAACUGCGCGAGCACGGCAAACUGUGUGAGUCUGAGAGACUACAUGCGGUUUCGCCCACCUCUCGCGCAAGAAGAGCCCCAGCUCUCCUUUGGGAGUGCACUCCAUGUUGGAGAUGGCGUGAAUGCAAUGUGCUUGGUUUGCAGUUACCACAAGCCUCCGCUGCGCGUUUGUAAAAACGGAGCCUUUUGCGACUUCUGUCAUCUACAUGAUGGGCGUCGAAACCGACGUCGAAGGCAUGCUCGCGAUGCCACCGGCCGUAUGACCUGGGCUGACACUGAGAUACAAGUUUUGCAGAGCAUUGACUUGUAG